GACACCAACAAAGAAGAAAUCUCCCUCCCCAUCCGCUCUUCUUGUUAAAGAGAGGCGGGAGAGUCCAUCUGCCCGAUAACUUUUACUUGGACGUACUCAUUGGCUUUUUUCUGCUCAAAAAGUUUCACAUCUGGAUUAAAAAUGGUGCGCACCAAAGCUGACAGUGUGCCCGCAUCGUACAGGAAAGCGGUUGCAGCUUCUGCACCCAGGAAGUCACUGGGCGCCAGUUCAGCCAACGCGUCCUCCGCCGCCUCCUCCUCCAGCCAGUCGUCCACUCCUGUAAAAAACAAGUAUGCUGGAGGGAACCCUGUGUGCCCACGACCCACUCCCACAUGGCAGAAGGGCAUCGGGGACUUUUUUGGUGGUCCAGGAAGGAAGCCUGAGAAGGAGAACCAGAGACCCCAGCCAUCUAAUGAGGAUGACGAUGAAGAGGCCGGAGGCAGCGGAAUGUCCAAAGCCAGCAGGAAGUCCAGGCCGCUGCCUGCUGAAGAAGAGGAGGAAGAAGAUUAAGGAUAACUAAAUUCUGCUUUUUUUAAAAUAACUGUAAAUGUGUAUAUACAUUACUGAAUUACAUGUAUAGUUCAUUGCUACAACUUUUUUUUUUUAUUUUAAUUUUGGUGUGAUUUAGCAGUGAGAUGUUUGCCUUUUCACGUGAUCAUUUGC